ACGAACUCUACUGUAGACUGAAAAAUGUAGAAGAUUGGACUGAAGUAGCAGUAGUGGUUAAAGUUGAAGUACUGGCAGAUCUAUUUCCUUGCACUGGGCGGAGGUGUAUUGUCGGUGUCGGUGCGCGCUGCGGCGGCCUGCUCUCUCCGCGCAGUGACACAGUAUCCUGACAGCAGCAGCGCCGGGACUCUCUGGCGCGCCGGCUCCAGGACCAGACUGCGCACUCCUCCAUCUCUGCACAUCUCCGCACAAACUAGCGCCUUUUUUCUUUUGCACACACACCCCGGGCUGCUCUGCGUGAGGCGUGCAUGAUCCUCCGCCUCGCCGCGCUAUCAGCUCUAUCCAUCAACGGAGACGCGGGUUUUCCUCAUUUCUCCGUCUCAUCCUGCAGCUUUAAAGGCAGAUCUGAUUGAAACAUCCCACUCGCAGUUCAUCUCGUGAACAGAGCCGACUGACAGCGCCAAGAUGGGGUAUGGACGGUCGGACAGUUACCGCGUGGCCACCACGCAGGACAAGGAUGAGAAGGAGUCGCCCAAGAAGAAAGGAGGCAAGGACCUGGACGACCUCAAGAAGGAAGUGCCCAUUACGGAACAUAAAAUGUCUGUUGAGGAGGUUUGCCGGAAGUACAACACUGACAUCGUCCAGGGUUUGACCAAUGCCCGGGCAGCAGAGUACCUGGCGCGGGACGGCCCCAACGCCCUGACCCCGCCCCCCACCACCCCGGAGUGGGUCAAGUUUUGUCGCCAGCUCUUCGGGGGUUUCUCCAUUUUGCUGUGGAUCGGAGCCAUUCUCUGUUUCCUGGCCUACGCUAUCCAGGCUGCUACAGAAGAUGAGCCAGCCGGGGACAACUUGUAUCUGGGAAUCGUGCUGUCCGCCGUGGUCAUCAUCACCGGGUGCUUCUCAUAUUUCCAGGAGGCAAAGAGCUCCAAGAUCAUGGAGUCCUUCAAGAACAUGGUCCCACAGCAAGCUCUGGUGAUCCGUGAGGGGGAGAAGAUGCAGAUAAACGCUGAGCAGGUGGUGGCUGGGGACCUGGUGGAGGUGAAGGGUGGAGACAGGAUCCCUGCUGACCUGCGCAUCAUCUCCUCACACGGCUGCAAGGUGGACAACUCCUCCCUGACCGGCGAAUCAGAGCCUCAGACCAGGUCACCUGACUGUACCCAUGACAACCCCCUGGAGACCCGUAACAUCGCCUUCUUCUCCACCAACUGCGUCGAAGGAACAGCCCGUGGUAUCGUGGUGUGCACCGGUGACCGCACAGUGAUGGGACGCAUUGCCACUUUAACCUCAGGACUGGAGACUGGCAAGACGCCCAUUGCGAAGGAGAUUGAGCACUUCAUCCACAUCAUCACAGGCGUAGCUGUGUUCCUGGGCGUGACUUUCUUCGUGCUGUCCCUGAUUCUGGGCUACUCUUGGCUGGAGGCGGUGAUCUUCCUCAUCGGCAUCAUCGUCGCCAACGUACCGGAGGGCCUGCUCGCCACUGUCACUGUGAGUACUACACUGUGUCUGACUCUGACCGCGAAGCGAAUGGCGCGCAAGAACUGCCUGGUGAAGAACCUGGAGGCUGUGGAGACCCUGGGCUCCACCUCCACCAUCUGCUCCGACAAGACGGGCACCCUGACCCAGAACCGAAUGACUGUGGCUCACAUGUGGUUCGACAAUCAGAUCCACGAGGCCGACACCACCGAGGACCAGUCUGGUUGCUCCUUUGACAAGAGCUCCACGACCUGGGUGUCUCUGGCCCGUAUCGCCACUCUGUGUAACCGCGCUGUGUUUAAGGCCGGACAGGAGGCUCUGCCCAUCCUGAAGAGGGAGGUGGCCGGAGACGCCUCCGAGUCCGCUCUGCUCAAAUGUAUCGAACUGUCCUGUGGAGCGGUGAAGGCCAUGAGGGACAAGAACAAGAAGGUGGCAGAGAUCCCCUUCAACUCCACCAACAAGUACCAGCUCUCCAUCCACGAGACAGAGGAUGAGAACGACAACCGUUACCUGCUGGUCAUGAAGGGGGCGCCAGAGAGGAUCCUGGAUCGCUGCACCACCAUCAUGGUCCAGGGCAAAGAGCAGCCAAUGGACGACGAAUUGAAGGAGGCUUUCCAGAACGCCUACUUGGAGCUGGGGGGUCUGGGAGAGAGGGUGCUGGGUUUCUGCCACCUGUUCAUGCCCGAGGACAAGUACCCCAAAGGUUUCGCGUUCGACACAGACGAUGUGAAUUUCCAGACGGACGGGCUUUGCUUCGUGGGGCUCAUGUCCAUGAUCGACCCGCCCAGAGCCGCUGUGCCUGACGCUGUGGGCAAGUGCCGCUCGGCUGGAAUCAAGGUUAUCAUGGUGACUGGAGACCACCCCAUCACAGCCAAGGCCAUUGCCAAAGGUGUGGGCAUCAUCUCUGAGGGCAACGAGACAGUGGAGGACAUCGCACUACGGCUCAACAUCCCCGUCAGCCAAGUCAACCCCAGGGAUGCAAAGGCGUGUGUGAUCCACGGCACAGACCUGAAGGACCUGUCCCAGGAGCAGAUGGACGACAUCCUGAAGAACCACACAGAGAUCGUCUUUGCCAGAACCUCCCCACAGCAGAAACUCAUCAUCGUGGAGGGCUGCCAGAGACAGGGAGCCAUCGUCGCCGUAACAGGAGAUGGUGUUAACGACUCUCCCGCUCUGAAGAAGGCGGACAUCGGCGUUGCCAUGGGGAUCUCGGGCUCCGACGUGUCCAAACAGGCCGCAGACAUGAUCCUGCUCGAUGACAACUUCGCCUCCAUCGUCACCGGAGUCGAGGAAGGUCGCUUGAUCUUUGACAACUUGAAGAAGUCCAUCGCUUACACUCUGACCAGUAACAUCCCAGAGAUCACACCCUUCCUGUUCUUCAUCCUGGUCAACAUCCCUCUGCCCCUGGGCACCAUCACCAUCCUCUGCAUCGACCUGGGCACAGACAUGGUCCCAGCCAUCUCCCUGGCCUACGAAGCAGCGGAGAGCGACAUCAUGAAGCGUCAGCCCAGGAACCCGGCCAGAGACAAACUGGUGAAUGAGAGGCUCAUCAGCAUCGCCUACGGACAGAUCGGUAUGAUCCAGGCUCUGGGCGGGUUCUUCGCCUACUUCGUCAUCAUGGCUGAAAACGGCUUCCUGCCCUCUCACCUCGUCGGCAUCAGACUCAACUGGGACGACCGCUCCAACAACGACCUGGAGGACAGCUACGGACAGCAAUGGACGUAUGAGCAGAGAAAGAUUGUGGAGUUCACGUGCCACACAGCCUUCUUCGUCAGUAUCGUGGUGGUGCAGUGGGCCGACGUCAUCAUUUGUAAAACCAGACGCAACUCUGUGUUCCAGCAGGGGAUGAGGAAUAAGAUAUUGAUCUUUGGGUUGUUCGAGGAGACGGCUCUUGCAGCUUUCUUGUCCUACAGCCCGGGUAUGGACGUGGCGCUACGGAUGUACCCGCUCAAGCCCAGCUGGUGGUUCUGUGCGUUUCCGUACAGUUUCCUCAUCUUUGUUUACGAUGAGAUCCGAAAACUCAUCCUUCGCCGAAACCCAGGAGGCUGGGUCGAAAAAGAAACUUACUACUAAAUUAUCAAAGCAUCAUUUGCAUCAUUUACUUCUCCCUUCACCCUUCCUCUCCUCUCUUCCCUCUCUCCUCCUCCUCCUCCUCCCUCUCUCCACUUUCACCUGUACAAGAUGUUUACUCCCUCAUCUCACUCCCGUAUCGGCCGCGCCUUCUUCCCCCCUGGCCCUCGCCUCGAAAUUUAAAAAUCAAAAACGCCAAGACUUCUGAGCGCGAGGACCAGGAGGGGGACAAGGGGGAGGGCAUCUGGUGUUUUUGUGAAUCUUUACCCACUCCCUCCUCUCUCUCUCUCUCUCUUUCUAUCUCCUUCUCUCCAUUAUUUUUCUAUCCAAACUUUGAACAGCACUAGUUCGCCAGUACCACUAUCUGUGCCGUUACUACUACUACUACUACUACUACUACUACUACUACUACACAUUGUUAAGUAAUUUGUGAUAAAUUACAUCAGUUUGUGGAAUAAAAAUGGUGCAUCUUGAUUGCUUUUUCUUACGGUAAGCGGAAAAAAAACACCGGGCAGCUUGGUCUCGAGCUUAAAAACGUGAAUUUUCGCAACGGACACCAGCUCGUAUUUCAUAGCUUUGGCCUUUAGCUUCGCAACCACUGCCAUUUUACAAACUCUCUCUUUACUCUCUCGACUGUCACUGCCAAUAUUCUACUGCCAACUAACUAGCCCUUCCUCAAGGCUGGUCACAAAGGUCACAUUCCUCUCUCUCUCUCUCACACUCCCUUUAUUUGAAUUUUCGGAAGUGUUUUUUUAAGUUCGGAGUGGGUUUUGAAAGCUGCUUGUUUUCAUUUACACA